AUGGUGAUGCUGAAUGGAAAUUGGGCAGAGUUGAAUGCAACGUUUUCAGUUACCAUCUACGCUGAUCAGGGAGAUAACGUCACCAUCCCCUGCCAUUCUCUUCAUGAAGAAGGAUUUGGAAUGUCUGUCUUAAAUGGGAUGCGCGUGAAAUGGUCCAAGGUGGCAGAAGAUGAGAAUUACAAUGAAGAUGUUCUGGUGGGAAUGGGCCUUCACGUGAAGACAUAUAGCACCUUUGACGGGCGAGUAUUUCUGCAGAGGGCCAAUGAGGAAGACGCAUCACUUGUCUUGACUGAAAUUGCCAAAGAGGACACAGGUAGAUACAGGUGUGAGAUCUUCAUUGGAAUGGAAGAACAGAUCUAUGAGGUCGUCCUGGAAGUAAAAGAAAGUGAGAUCAAUGGGGUUGUGUUCCCCUACGCCCCACCCGGUGGCAGAUACAACCUGAACUUCCACAGUGCCGAGCAGGCUUGUGUGGAGCAGGGGGCAGUGGUGGCUUCCUUUGAUCAGCUGCUGGAGGCCUGGAAGGGAGGCCUGGACUGGUGUAAUGCUGGCUGGCUCAGUGAUGGUACAGUGCAGUAUCCCAUCACCAGGCCCAGGCACCCAUGUGGAGGGAGCAACAACGGGCCAGGCCUCAGAAGCUAUGGCCGCAGGGACAAGAAAAACCGUUAUGAUGUCUUCUGCUAUGCUACUGCGCUGACAGGCCGUUUCUAUUGGCUGGUCCAGCCAGAGAGACUCAGCUUUGAUGAAGCAGUGCAGGCUUGUAUAGAUGACGGAGCAGAAAUUGCCAAAGUUGGCCAGAUGUAUGCUGCAUGGAAGAUGGAAAACUUUGAUCGUUGUGAUGCUGGCUGGUUAGCUGAUGGAAGUGUUCGCUACCCCAUCUCGAGGCCUCGCAAGAACUGCAGCCCAACUGAGGCUGCGGUGCGUAUGUCAGGCUUUCCAGACAAGGCUCAAAAGCUUUAUGGUGUCUACUGUUACAAGGAGGAGCAAUGA